CACAAUUUCCCAUUUAUUUUCGUUUUUAGGUAGCUAUAACCGUAUUGAUCCAAAACUAACCCCCCGGAAUAGCUCCAAAAAAAAAACGAUAAGGUCCCUCCAUCGCAUUUUUAUCUCUUUCCGUACCAAAAACGAAAAGCGAUAACAGCUUUUUCCCCCCUUCGAGCGGGAACGGCUCAUUCCCCCCCAAUCGCAUUCCCCCCUCCCUCGACGUCGAGCAAUCGUCGCCUGGAGUCAGGACGACAACGGCAGCGACAGCGACAGCAAUAUCGAGUAUCGACGUCCAUAUUGACACUGACGAGGAUUGAUGCUCACUGGUGUUACUUGUCAUUAACAACGCCACUACUAGUAUCACCAUGUCGGACGAUGAUGUCGAAGUCACCGGUACGCGUAGUUCGCGCCGUAACGCUGAUAGAAGAACCCCGCGAUUCAGUUGGAACUUAUCCUAUGAAGAGACCUUCUUUAGAUCGCUUUGCGAAUCUAUGCAGAUGGGUUAUAAGGAAAACCAUAGCUUUAAGUCUGGUGCCUGGGAACGAGCAGCCAUCGCCCUACGCGAUAAGCAUGGCGCGUAUCCUGAAAAGAGUCACCUAAUUAAUAAAGCCGACAAUGCGCGUAAGAAGUUUCGCAUGUGGAGAGGAUUAAGGGAGGACCCCGAAUUCCUAUAUAACCCCACUACCAGGAUGGUUACAGCAAACGAAGAAGCUUGGAGAAGACAUUUCGAGAAAGAACCACUGUCAAAAGCAUUGAGAGGUCGACCAUUCGAUCACGAAGAAUACAUGGAGAUCUUAUUUCCUGAUGUCGUCGGUUCUGGUGGCGCACCGAAGCGUAUUAUGAAACCGAGGCGGAGAAAUCCAGAUGGUACUUUAUCCAAUCGACCGAGCACCGCGGACCAGACAGUUAUAGAUCCCGCUCUCGAUGCGAGUAUAUACGCUCAGACUCCAACGCAAAAUCCGACACCACAGACGCAACCAAUAAGCCAACCUGUACCAACACCUCCCAUGCCGCAACAAACCAUUCAGAGACCUUCCUCCACUACCAUUCCGCCCCGAACUUCCAUAACCGCAAACCCAAGCGCACUGACACCUCCAGAUGAGCACGUCCCGAAUACACAAGCUCAAAAACGACCAAAUCCUAAUCCAAACCCCGCCUACCCGGAGAAACGUCGUGGUAGACCUUCUCGUUUUUCCUCCAACUUUUAUACUCAACAAUCCAUUAAUACGGCGUCAUCUUCGUCCAUACAACCCCCACCUCCUCCAACUACUACUACACCCUCGGCAUCGCAAGUGACACAUUCGUCUUUUACUCCAGCCAUACUUGAGGACGGUAUCCUCACCCUCGCCGAAGCUCUCAAAGGUCGUAAUCCUCCUAAGUGGCCAGAACAAGCUGUCGAGAUUUUCUUCCGCGAGUUCGCAGACGAAGAUGCCGACCUACAACUCAAAAUAGCAGAGAAAGCGUUGACAGAUGAAAACAAGGCGAUGGUUUUUGUUAAAAUGACACCAGCAUUAAGAAGACAUUGGGUUGGUAGAUUGAGAGAUGUUCACCAAAGGAAUCUAUCAGGUGGAGGGCUAGGUUUAGGAGGAAGAGUUGGCGACGAAGCAAAUUAAAAGUGUUUAAGCUUUCGGGAAGCUAGAAACCUAUUCAUGACAGACGGUCAGACGACGAUUAUGUGCGUGGCGUUUGGCGCACAGGUGUUCUAUGAUGGAACAAAAGGAGCACAUGCUAUAGUGCGUUGUUAGGGACAUGGCUUCUAUAAAGAGCCCUAGGAGGGCAUUUGUCUCAAGACCUAUUAUUGCCAGAUGAAAGCUUCUACGACUUUGUAAUUAUGGCGUUUGGUAGUCAUGGCGACCUUUGUUUGUCUCUGGCGGAGUCGGCUCCUUGUUGCUCUAUCUCGCCAGCAGCAUUAUGAUCAGGGUACGUAUAUACAGUAUAUACGACUUUACUCAACUUAAUGAUAUUACUCCUUGAACAAACCCUACAUCUGUACGAGCCGUCACACAAAGUUCUACCUCAGCAUCUCACAAUUAGAACAUCACCCUUAGACAUAAUAUUUACUCGCCGUUCCCAGCAAUUGAAACCUCGCGCUUUUACUCUAUACUUCUUGUUGCUAUCAGCUCUAGUUAAGAUAGUGGCGGU